UGGAUGCGCUCCCAGAAGAAGACGUUGAAAAAAUUUACUGCUUCUGGGCCAGUUCGGCUAGUCGUCCUACAGGAGACAAAAGUGACUUUGUGAAAAACAGAGUUGGCAAAAACCAGUAUUCAACCCACCCAAAGCAUGUUCUCGAAACGAGCCAAACGGAGGCUUUCCAGGAAUUUGCGAAGCUUCACCCUGAAGGUAAAGUAGCGCAACGCAAAUUCCAGAUGUUAAAACCUUACUUUGUAAAACAAGCAAGAGAAAGGUACAGAAAAUUUGCCUUUGCAGAAAACAUGUCGAAACGAAAAUUCUAUUCGACGCAUGUAUGGAGUUUCAAAAGGGUGUGGUCAAGACGACGGGAAACGAGAGCAAAGAGUCGCCCAUUUUCAAAACGUUGACAGAAGCGGCUGAUGCAACCUUAUGCUCAAAGGAAGAUGGGAUAGAGCACCAUAAAAUCAAGUGCUUGGAGCGAGAUUGCAACAGAUGCUCUGUGAAGAAAAUAAAACUACUUCCAGAGGAGUCUAGCAAUGAAGGAAGUGUUUGUUGGUCUAGGUACGAGUCACGAGGUACGAGGUCAAGAGAAAAAGAAGAUAGCCUUGGUCCCCAAAGAAACACCACCCUCAGAAAUGUUUACAUAUUUCAAAAAGCUUUUGGAAGCCUAUCCCCUGCAUUCAUUCAUGGCUAAAUGGCAACGUGAGCAACUUGAUAAUCUUUUGGAACACUUGCCACUUGGCCAUGUCGUGUGCAUUCACGACUAUUCUGAGGGGUAUGCGUGUCGCCAGCAAGAUGAGAUCCAAUCAGAGUUCUUUGACGUAGCCAAGGCUUCUCUACAUGUUACCAUCUUACAUCGUCAUGCUGUUGAAAGUAAAGACGGGAUCACAAGCACAGAGGCUGAGCCACACUUGAUCAAAGAGCACUUGUUUGUGGUUUCCGAUGAUCCGGCGCAAGACCAUGACAGUGUGCACAAAGCCCAAGAGCUUAUUCAUGAUUACCUGGUCAACGAUGUGGGCUAUAGCAUUGAGCUCUUUCAUGAAUUUACAGAUGGGUGCGCAGCACAAUAUACGUCACGACACUGCAUUGGAGAUGUCAUGUUCUCUGGCAGAUUUUGGAUAUCCCAUCCAAAGAAGCUUUUUCGAAACCUCCCAUGCUAAAGGAGAGCAAGAUGCUGCUGGCUCUCAUGUAAAGCAGAAAACCAGCCAAGCCGUCCUACGCA